CAUCCAUGUCCCCGACUAUAAGCAACAGUGGAGCAGGCAGAGGAGUGGCGCCGUGUGUCAGCAGUAUCCGAAGCGCGUUUCGACUGGGAUCUUAAUUCACCGUGGAGCAGCACAUGUCAUUCAGGACAAGUCAAUGAAGCAAACUCAAUCCGGUCUCAAGCUUUCACCCACACCCGAGAUGGAUCCUACCCAGAGUGUGAAGUGUAAAAUCGUGGUCGUAGGGGACAGUCAAUGUGGGAAAACCGCCUUACUUCACGUGUUUGCGAAAGACUGCUUCCCAGAGAACUAUGUCCCCACGGUCUUCGAGAACUACACAGCCAGUUUUGAAAUCGAUACACAGAGAAUAGAACUAAGUCUUUGGGACACAUCAGGCUCACCGUACUAUGACAACGUACGACCACUCUCUUACCCCGACUCUGACGCGGUCCUCAUCUGCUUCGAUAUCAGCAGACCGGAAACGUUGGACAGUGUUUUAAAGAAGUGGAGAGGAGAAAUUCAGGAAUUCUGUCCUAACACCAAAAUCCUGCUGGUUGGAUGCAAGUCUGACCUUCGAACGGACCUCACCACACUGGUGGAGCUGUCUAACCACAGACAGACACCAGUGUCAUAUGAUCAGGGCUCCAACAUGGCCAAGCAGCUGAGCGCUCCCUACAUCGAGUGUUCCUCCCUGCAGUCGGAGAACAGCGUGCGGGACAUCUUCCACGUGGCCACGCUGGCCUGCGUCUCCAAGAACAGCAAGAACGUGAAGCGCAGCAAGUCCUCCCGGGCCACCAAGAGGAUCUCCCACAUGCCCAGCAGGCCCGACCUUACGGCGGUGGCCACAGAUCUGCGCAAAGACAAGGCCAAGAGCUGUACUCUCAUGUGAAGGGACGGGUCUAUUUCCGAGACUUCCUUGGAACCGUGUGGACUUUUUGCACCGAGUAGGGGACGGCACAAGGCAUUUGAAGGGGAGGGGAGGGGAGGGGGGGGGAGCAGGGCAGUGAACCAUGCCCUGUACACCAAGCAGUUGAAGGAUGACGGAUGCUCAGCACUUUAAAUCAUCUCAAACCUACCUUCCCCCCCCCCCCCUGUUCCUGCUCUCCUGGUAUCUAUAAUGUUGCGCUAGGAGAAAUGAGUCUGUCCCGAAAGCAGUGCGAUGGGAUUUAUAAACGGGGGGGGGGGGGGGGGGGAAGAACAGUGAAGCUCCCAGUAAUUGGAGAAGCUCAUUGACGAUGCCAACCAGAGAUAACCCCCAAGCCUCAGAAACACUAGGGUCUGUUUGUCUCAUGACGACAGGCCCCUCCUCUACUUUUCAGGCAUUCAUGGGGAGAUGUUUAUCCGCUUUUGGCCUUCUGUUCCCCUGAAAGCGACGUAAACAUCCCUUUUUUGGCGAUCGUGGUGGGUGAUCUCCUACCUCGACAGGAAGUGGGGGCAUGCGGUCCACUCGUAUCUUAAGAUUAAAACAAAACGGAUGAAAAUGUGAAAAAAAAAUAAUGAAGACUUUAAAAUAUGUUAACCCCUCCCCUCCCUAAAAAAACGAAA